AUGCCGAAGAAGCUGCCGGGCCCCGGCGACGGCGAGCUCUUCUGGCGCUGGCUCGUGAUCUACCCGGCGGCGCUCGCGGUCAUCGCGAGCGAGACGUCGGGCCUCGUCUCCGGCGUGCCGCGCGCGAGCCGGGACCCGCUGGCGCUGCCGCACGCCUUCGUCGCCGCGUGCUUCGGGCUGGCGUCGCUCCAGUGCGUCGCCCUCGGCUGGUACGCGCGGCGCGUCGAGGGCGACCUGGGCUACCCGGGCUGGGUGCACCGGGGCGCCGGCGCGCUCGAGGCCGCCGUCGUCGCGCUCCGCGUGUCCGGCGCGCGCGACGGCGACGACGCGCGCGUCGCCGUCGCCGCCGUCCUCACGGGCCUCCUCAUGGGCGGCGCGGCCUGGACCUGGCUCGUCGCGCUCCGGAGGCCCUCGCGCUUUCUGCCCGCGGCGCUGAUUUUGGGCUGCACGUUCGCGACGCGGCCGAACUCCAUCCCGACGGCCAUGCCCGCCUUCGUCGCCGCCAUCUCCGCGGGCGCGCUCUCCGCCGGCGCCGUCCGCUUCCUCUUCGUCAAGGCGCCGAAGAAGAAGAAGAAGGCGGUCGCUUCGAAGGACGACUAA